AUGUUCGCCGCCUCCGCCUCUUCGCUGCAACAUGUCCGCCAGCCCGUCACCGCGGGGACCGGUGCUUCAGGGGAACAAUACAAUCCGACGGCGAAGAAUAAACCAUCUUUCCAAAAGGCGGCGGAUUGUAGAAAUUCAGGCCUUUCCCCCAAAUUCUCCUACUCUGUUCAUUGUCUGAAUCUUCCGAGGAAUUCGGUAAAGGCACGAGCGGGUAGAAUUAGGAGGAGAAUGAUCCACGAAAAGACGGACACGUACGUGUUUCUGGAGCCAGGGGAGGAUGAAACAUUUCUUAGCGAAGAAGAACUCAAGGGGAAACUAAAGAGCUAUUUGGACAACUGGCCGGCCAAGAGCUUGCCGCCGGACCUGGCGAGGUUCGAGGCCAUAGACGAUGCUGUUUCGUUCUUGGUGGGUUCGGCAUGCGAGCUUCAGAUCGAUGGAGACGUUGGCUCACUCCAGUGGUAUCAAGUUCGUUUGGAGUGA